CUUGUUGACAUUAGUGACCUUUUGUUUGUCUAAUCUACAUGGUCAGGGCAUGGUAACUUUGGAGUAUUUUGAUGUUUUUUGUUUGAUGAGUACAAAGUCAUCAUAAAAAAUGGCUAUAAAAGAAACCCUCUGGUUGCAGUCAGUCACAUUCAUCAGCCAUGAGGGUGCUUGUACUAGCUCUAGCUGUGGCCCUUGCAGUGGGCCAUCAGGUCAGCUUGGCCCCAGAAUUUGCAAUUGGAAAGACCUAUGUGUAUAAAUAUGAAGCAACCGUUUUGGGUGGCCUACCUGAGGAGGGUCUGGCAAGGGCCGGAGUAAAAGUCAGGAGCAAAGUUUUGAUCCAUGCAGCCACCACUGACACCUUCAUGCUGAAGCUUGUAGACCCUGAAAUCUUUGAGUACAGUGGCAUCUGGCCCAAAGAUGCUUUUAUCCCAGCCACCAAACUCACCUCAGCCCUGGCUGCUCAGCUCUUGACACCCAUCAAGUUUGAGUAUGCUAAUGGGGUUGUCGGUAAAUUGUUUGCACCGGCCGGCAUCUCCACCACUGUACUGAAUGUCUACAGGGGAAUCCUUAAUAUCUUCCAGCUGAACAUCAAGAAGACUAAAAACGUCUAUGAGCUGCAAGAGCCUGGAACUCAGGGUGUGUGCAAGACCCAUUACGUCAUCAGUGAGGAUGUUAAGGCUGAUCGUAUUCUUCUGAGCAAGACCAAGGACCUGAACAAUUGUCAGGAGAGAAUCAUGAAGGAUAUUGGCCUGGCUUACACUGAGAGAUGCGUUGAGUGUGAGGCUAGAGGACAGACCAUGAAGGGAGCCGCUGCCUUUAACUACAUCAUGAAGCCAACUGCCACAGGAGCUUUGAUCUUGGAGGCAACUGCAACAGAGCUGAUUCAGUUCUCUCUUUUCAACAUCUUGAAUGGUGCUGCCCAGAUGGAGGCUAAGCAAAUCCUCACCUUCCUGGAGAUUGAGAAGGCCCCAGUGGUGCCCAUCACAGCUGAAUAUCUUUACCGUGGAUCCCUGCAGUAUGAGUUUGGCAGCGAGCUUCUCCAGACACCCAUUCAGCUUCUGAGGAUCAGCAAUGCUGAAGCUCAGAUUGUUGAGAUUCUGAACCACUUGGUGACCUUCAAUGUGGCCAAGGUCCACGAAGAUGCCCCUCUGAAGUUUAUUGAGCUCAUCCAGCUGCUGCGUGUGGCCAGAUUUGAGACUAUUGAGGCUCUCUGGAUUCAGUUCAAAGCUAAACCCGAUUAUAGGCACUGGAUCCUGAAUGCUGUUCCUGCCAUUGGUACUCAUGUUGCACUGAAGUUCAUCAAGGAGAAGUUCCUGGUUGGUGAGCUGACUAUUCCGGAAGCUGCUGAAGCUCUGCUGGCAUCUGUGCACAUGGUGACAGCCGACCUGGAAGCCAUCAAGCUUGUUGAGGGCCUGGUUAUGAACCACAACAUCCAAGAAAACCCAGUCUUGCGCGAGAUCGUCUUGCUGGGCUAUGGCACUCUGGUUGCCAAGUAUUGUGCAGAGAAUCCAACUUGCCCAGCUGAGCUUGUGAGGCCCAUCCAUGAACUUGCUGCUAACGCUUUUGCCAAAGGUAGAAUUGAGGAGCUCAGUGUCACUUUUAAAGUUCUGGGUAAUGCUGGACAUCCUGCUAGCCUUAAACCAAUCAUGAAGUUCCUGCCUGGCUUUGGAAGUGCUGCUGCUAAUCUGCCACUCAGAGUUCACAUUGAUGGUGUUCUGGCCCUGAGGAACAUUGCAAAGAGAGAGCCCAAGAUGAUCCAAGAAAUUGCCAUCCAGCUGUUCAUGGAUAAGGCUCUCCACCCAGAGCUCCGUAUGGUUGCUGCUAUUGUGUUGUUUGAGACCAAGCCGCCCAUGGGUCUGGUGACCACUCUUGCUGAUGCCCUCUUGAAAGAAACAAAUCUGCAAGUCGCUAGCCUUGUUUACUCUUACAUGAAGGCCAUGACGAGGAACACCGCCCCUGACCUUGCACCUGUUGCUGCAGCCUGCAAUGUUGCUGUGAAGAUCCUCAGCCCCAAAUUUGACAGACUAAACUACCGCUUCAGCAGAGCUCUCUAUUUGGAUGCUUAUCACAACCCCUGGAUGAUGGGUGCUGCUGCCACUGCCUUCUAUGUUAACGAUGCUGCAACUGUUUUGCCAAGAGCCAUUGUAGCCAAAGCUCGCACCUACCUGGCUGGAGCUUAUGCGGAUGUUCUUGAGGUUGGAGUAAGAACUGAGGGACUCCAGGAGGCACUUCUGAAAGUCCCGCAGUCUGACAAUGCUGACAGGCUCACCAAGAUGAAACAAGUUAUAAAGGCUCUUUCUGAUUGGAGGGCUCAUCCUUCUAGCCAGCCCCUGGCCUCUGUGUUUGUCAAAUUCUUUGGACAGGAAAUUGCCUUUGCCAACAUUGACAAAGCUAUUGUUGACCAGAUUAUUGAGCUGGCAACCGGACCUGCACUUCACGCUUAUGGCAGGAAGGCUUUGGAUGCCGUGCUGUCUGGCGUUGCACUGCAUUUUGCUAAACCAAUGCUUGUUGCUGAGGUCCGUCGCAUCAUUCCCACCGCUAUUGGUCUGCCAAUGGAGCUGAGUUUCUAUACUGCUGCUGUGGCUGCUGCAUCUGUUGAAUUCCAAGCUACUGUAACACCACCCCUGCCUGCGAAUUUCCAUGGUGCCCAGCUCCUGAAGUCUGACAUCAACAUCAGGGCUGCAAUUGCUCCAAGCGUUUCCAUGCACACUUAUGCAGUUAUGGGUGUGAAUACUGCUCUUAUCCAAGCUGCCCUGCUGUCAAGAGCCAGAGUUCACACAAUUGUUCCUGCAAAGAUGGAAGCAAGAAUUGACAUGGUCAAGGGCAACUUCAAGCUUCAGGUCCUGCCUGUUCAGGGCAUCGACAAGAUCGCAUCUGCAAUUGUUGAGACUUUUGCUGUUGCAAGAAAUGUGGAAGACCUCACCGCUGCCAAAAUCACACCAAUGAUUCCAGCUCAAGCUCAAGUACAGCUGUCCAGAGAGGCCCUCUCCUCAAACCUUGCAUCCUCACUGGCUGAUGACAUGUCAGCAUCAUCUGAAAUCCUUUCCGACCUGCCAAGAAAAAUUGUCAACAAACUGAAAUUGCCCAAGGCCUUUGAGAAGAAAAUGUGUGCUGUAAUUGAAACCUUUGGAGUAAAGGCAUGCACUGAGAUUGAAUCUCGCAAUGCUGCCUUCAUCAGAGACUGUCCACUCUAUGCCAUGAUUGGAAAACAUGCUAUCUUGGUUGAGGUGUCUCCAGCUGCUGGACCAGUCAUCGAGAAGAUUGAAAUCGAGGUUCAUGUUGGAGAUAAAGCAGCAGAAAAGAUCAUCAAAGUGAUAAAUCUGAGCGAGGAAGAGGAAAUUCUUGAGGACAAGAAUGUCUUGAUGAAACUUAAGAAAAUCUUGGUGCCUGGUCUAAAGAACAGAACUGCAUCGUCCUCCAGCUCCAGCAGCUCUCGCAGCUCUUCCUCCAGCAGCUCCCGUUCAACCUCUGUAUCAUCCAAAUCUUCCUCCAGCUCCUCUUCUCGCCGCCAGAGCAAAAUGGUUGAUGUUAAUGCCCCCAUCACCAAGACACCAAAGAGACCAAGCUACCGCUCCAGCAGCUCCUCCAGCAGCGCUUCGAGCAGCCGUUCAUCGCUCCAGUCCAGCAGCCGCUCUAGCAGCUCCAGCUCCAGCUCCUCAAGGUCCAGCGCCCUGUCCAAGCAAGAACUGUAUAAGAUGAAGUUUACCAAGAACCAUGUCCACCAGCAUGCCGUCUCGACACCCCGUGCCAACAGCAAGAGCAGUGCCUACAGCUUUGAAGCUAUUUACAAUAAGGCCAAAUACCUCGCUAACACUGUUACUCCCGCUGUGACUGUUCUCAUACGUGCUGUGAGAGCUGACCACAAGGUUCAGGGAUACCAGAUUGCAGCUUACUUUGACAAAGCCACUGCCAGACUGCAGGUCAUUUUUGCCAACCUAGCUGAGAACGACCACUUUAGAAUAUGUGCUGAUGGUGUGAUGCUGAGCUACCACAAACUGAUGGCCAAGAUUGCCUGGGGAAUUGAAUGCAAGCAAUACCAGACCGAGAUCACAGCUGAAACUGGUCUUGUGGGCAAAAAGCCAUCAUUCCGCCUGAAGCUGACCUGGGACAAACUUCCAAGGAGCAUGCAGCGCUAUGCAAAGGAACUCUCUGAGUACAUUUCCCGUAUUGCUCGGGAAUACGGAUUAAGCCUGGCAAAGGUCAAGAAUGUCCGUAACCAGCUCAAACUGACUGUGGCUGUUGCUUCUGAGACAAGUCUGAAUGUUGAGCUGAAGACACCAAAGAGGGCCAUUUACAAACUUGGAAUGGGUAUCCCUGUUUCUCUGCCAUUUGGAAACACUGCUGCUGAGCUGGAAGCAUACCAGGACAACUUGGCUGACAGGAUCAUGUACAUGGUCACCAAGGCUCAUGCAGCUGAGUGCACCAUGAUCAAAGACACAUUGAUCACAUUCAACAACAAGAAAUACAAGAACCAGAUGCCCCACUCUUGCCACCAGGUUUUGGCUCAGGAUUGCACCCCAGAACUCAAAUUCAUAGUUCUGCUGAAGAGGGACCAAACACAGGAACAGAACCAGAUCAAUGUGAAGAUUGCAAACAUUGAUGUCGACAUGUAUCCAAAGGACAACACUAUCAUGGUGAAGGUUAAUGGAGUAGAAAUCCCCAUCAGCGACCUGCCUUAUCAACAUCCCGCAGGCAAUAUUCAGAUCAGACUUAAGGAAGAUGGCAUUGCUCUCCAUGCUCCCAACCAUGGUCUUCAGGAGGUCUUCCUGAACCUGAACUCACUGAAGGUCAAAGUUGUGGACUGGAUGAGAGGACAGACUUGUGGACUGUGCGGAAGGGCCGACGGGGAAAUCAGACAAGAGUACCGCACACCCAACGAGCGCUUGACCAAGAAUGCUGCCAGUUAUGCUCAUUCCUGGGUUAUGUCUGGAAAGAGCUGUCGUGAUGCCUCUGAGUGUUACAUGAAGCUUGAAUCUGUGAAGCUGGAGAAGCAGAUUGUCGUACAUGGUCAGGAGUCCAAAUGCUACUCUGUGGAGCCUGUCCUGCGCUGUCUGCCUGGCUGCAUGCCAGUGAGGACCACCACUGUCAAUGUUGGCUUCCACUGCGUCUCUGCUGAUUCCAACCUGAACCAAGCUGAUGGUCUGAACAGCAUCUAUCAGAAGAGCGUCGACCUAGAGGAAACAGCAGAAGCUCACCUCGCCUGUCACUGCACCGCUCAGUGCGCUUAAUCUCAUUGCCUUCUGGAAUAUACAUUUUUAUUUUAGUAUUCUUGAACUGUAAGAUUAAAUAAAUGGCAGAAUCCAAAA